AUGGCAAUGGAUACAACUGAAAACCCGCCCACCCGACCCGCGUUGGAACUCGAACCAAUCACAUUCUCUCACAGCGAUACUACGGGUGUCACUUUCCCCCACCACGACCCCCUGGUCAUCACCGCAAAGAUCGCCCAUUAUGAGGUGGCUUGGGUAUUUGUGGACGAGGGCAGUUCUGUCAACAUCAUUUUUUUCGGCAUUUUUAGACAACUGGGGGUCAGUGAGAAUCUCCUCGACCGAUGUUGCCUUAUACUCAUUGCCUUCGGCGGGGGGCAUGUGCAACCCCUUGGCCACAUGCCUCUAACCUUGUAUAUGGGGACGUACCUGCAGCGCACCAGCAUUACAAUGGAUUUCAUCAUCGUCGAGUGCCUUUCUUCAUACAACGUUAUUCUCAGUUACCCCGCCAUCGGUGACUUAAAUUUGUCAAUCAACAUGAGGGCAUUACUAAUCAAGUUUCCUACACCUCGUAGGGUCGGUAACGUCAAGGGUGACUAA